AUGGCGCCCCAAGAUUCAUUCAUAGAUGACGAGGAGGACACCUGCCCCCUCUGCAUCGAAGAGUUUGAUCUCUCAGAUCGAAACUUCCGACCAUGUCCUUGCGGCUACCAGAAUAACAUGAACGGCCUAUGCCCCGCCUGUCGACGACCUUAUGACGAGAAGACGAUACAGUGGAAAGUUGUCACAACAGAAGAAGUUGCCGAGUUCCGUGCCAACAUCCAGAAGAACCAAAAGAAGCGGGCUACUGAUCAACGCCAGAAAGAGCUGCAGAAACGAGAAGCAGAGAAAGAGAACCGCAAGAAUCUCAUCGGCGUACGAGUUGUCCAAAAGAAUCUGGUCUAUAUUACAGGCCUCGCUCCGACCGUGCGGGAAGACGAGCUACUCAAGACACUGCGAAAGCCCGAGUUCUUUGGCCAGUACGGUAACAUCCAAAAGAUUUCGAUUAGCAACAGAAAGAGUUCGGAUGGCCAGCACCAGUCACUAGGCAUCUACGUCACCUUUGAAUAUCCCGAAGAAGCGACACGUUGCAUCCAAGCUGUGCACGGGUCACAGAACGGCGACCGAGUCCUCAAAGCCCAACACGGUACGACGAAAUACUGCUCAGCCUGGCUUAAGAAUGAAAAGUGCAGCAACCCCGGUUGUAUGUUCUUACAUGAACAGGGUGACGAGGAGGACAGCUAUUCCCGGCAAGACCUGUCAUCGAUGAACAGUAUCGCUUCCCAACGACCCCUCCCUGCAGGUGGAUCACGAUCUGCUUCUCGGCAACAAGGUCCUCAUCCCACCCCGCCACCCGUCGUAUCUCAUCCUAUGACACGCUCCAUUAGUAAGGAGGGGUCUGAGAGCGGCGUUGACGGAUCAGCAUUACCUUCCUCAGCCAAUUGGGCACGCAAUCCACAGCGGAGCCGUAGGGGCAGCCUCGCUACUAGUGGUGCCGCGUCGAGCCCUGCCAUCUCGUCAGCUCAGCCUGUAACUGCUGAACCGGUUCCGGAAGAAGCAGUCGAGGAUGAAGAAGAAGAGGACGAAGAAGAGGAGGAUGAGGAAGAAGAGGAAGAGGAGCCUCAACCAGAGGAACCGGAGGCGGGACCUUCUACGUCACGCGCGAUGGAACCCGAAUCUCCUGCACCAGCCAGGAACGUCGCCGAGAGCGGGCUGAGGGAGAUUCUCAGGACGUUGGGUAACUGUCCCUGGCCUGUUUUCUCUACCGCUGGGGCAGACCAGUACCCGCCAUUGUUUGAUCCUCGCGGAGGUGAAAAGCGCAGAGCUAUGCGAGAAGAGGAGGAUUCACGUCUUGGUGGUGAACAGGAAGAGCGUCCCGAGCCCCGCGAACCAUCUGAAGGGGAGCCCGAAACCGGCGGUAGUCUUGCUCUGGGAGGUGAACCGGAGGAUCGUGACGCCCCCAACGACAACAGAGGCUUCGACCGCCGAGGCAGCACCCAGCCUCCUAUUCAACGACUCUCCACUGAUGGCCUCUUUGGACCUGCACUCACCGGAGCCUCGCCCUUUGGUCAGAGCUCGGGCAACCCUGGCUCGCGGUCUAUGACACCGCAGCAAUUGUUUCUUCGAUCUCAGAGUGGCUUCGGUGACGCCCCGCCCGGCAUUUCUAACCAAAGCAAUGCUUUCCAGAACCAGAACCAAGGUCAGGGACAAGGACAAGGGCACAACCGUCAGUCGUCCCGAUUCAGCUUCGCCAAUGACAACGCCAGCUCCACAAGCAACGUCAAGGUUUCUACCAACCCGCGCAUCAUGGCUCAGCAAUCCUCCAUGAUGCCCAAUACCUUCCAAUCUCAAGGCAACAACCAGUUCUACGGUGCCUCCAUGCCUGGACCUCCUCCUGGUCUCAAGUCGACCGGCACCCCUCCCAACAUGUUUGGUCAGUUCGGCGGACAGGGCUUCGGUGCGCCAAAGGACAACUCGAAUGAGCUUCUUCAGAGUUUAAUCGGCCGCAGUCGGGCUGGCAACAACCAGUCCCACGAUGCGGGAAAGCCUCCUGCUCCCGGGCUCCUGCCUUCGCUGUAUGGCGGUACACCUAGUGCAUACCAAGACAUGAGCUCCAAGCAGAAGAAGAAGGGAAAGAAGCACAGACAUGCUAACACUUCCUCUUCAGGGGGGAGUGGCCUAGUAGAUCUUGCAGACCCGAGUAUCCUGCAGGUGCGAAUGCAGCAGCACCAGUCUCAAGGCAGCGGCGGUGUCGGACAGGGCUUGUUUGGUGGCCAGAGUCAAGGGGGACACGAGUUACAAGCGCAUUUUGGUUCAGCACAUAUUCGCGAGAUCAACGCAGCUCAGGGAGAUGAUGAGCUCCCGUCCUUGGACGAGGCUACGAACUCUGUCGAUGCGUUGGUUUCCGACGAUCCAAUCCUCCCUGCGACCACCCUUGAAGGACGCCAAUCUGUGCCCCCGGGCUUGGGACUACCUCCUGGGCUUGCACCCAUUUCGAGACCGCCGUCCACCACAGGCAAUGCGAGAUUGAGCAACGUUUUACCAGCGUUGCCCAAGAUAACACCGCCUGGUCUGUCGCAAGGUGCUUCGACUCCAGACCAAUCACCUAGAAGGCUAAUGUCGGCAACCCCUGUCUCGGAAGCGAAGAAAACAUCCAAGACUUUAGCAACUGAGAGUGGGCUUUCGAAAGAGAUCACGAGCCAGCCGCAACCAAAGCAGACCAAGGGAAUCAACUUGCAGGACGAGGAAUUCCCGGCUCUGGAUGCGCUCAAGAGCAAGAGCCGACCUGCUACGCCUACACCCAAGCCCACUCCAAAGGCCAAACGCAAUGCAGAGAGAAUUGUGGAUAGAAUGAUGGCCAAGGCGGGGGCCAGUAAGCAGAGCAGCACAACAGAAGAACCAAAGGUUCAAGAUGCCAAGGUUCAAGGUGCCAAAACUCAAGAGCUUAAGCCUCAGGAGACCAAGGUUCCAGAGUCAAAGCCUAUGCCAUUCACUCUGCCCACUGAGAAGAAACCAUUUUCUCUCAAAACUCAGAUUGAGGAGAGUUCCACGCCCACCCAAUCUGCUACAGUGGAUGGUCGAACUCCAAUCUCUCUCAAUACACAAGUCGAAAAGAAUACUGCACCCAAAGCUGGCGAAUCAUCUGCAACGACUGAGAAGCCCAACACAGGAAACGCAGCUGCUUUCCCCCCACUACCUGCACCUUCAUCAGCCGCGACCUCGUCUCCUGUCACACGAACAGGACCGAAGACACUACGUGUCGUUGCCACCCCCAAAACAGAGGCUCCCCCUGCAUCACCCGCCUUAACUACGGCAUCCGUUGCUCUACCAGGAUCGCGAGGCGUGUCUGCUAGUUACAGACCAGAUACACCUGCUAGUAGCGAGGCAGUUAGUGACAACGCAUCGGUCGUAUCUAACUCUGUAACACACUCUCGUGCGAGCUCCCCACCUCCCAGUAGGAUUGGAUCUGCUGCAGUACGAGCCACAACAAAGAGCCAGCAACGCAAGGCACGCAAGGACGUCUUGAAGCAGGAAACCAAGAUGAUUGCCGAAGCGCCUAAAGUUGAGGCAGAAGUCCACGCUCCGAUUAUUGGACGAAAGAAGAAACAGAAGAAGGAAAAGCCUGUCAAGGCGCCGCAGUCUGGUGCAUCCACCCCCGCUGCUCCAGAGCCUGUCAAGGCCGAACCAACCCCCGAGCCUCCCCAGCCAGAGUCCGCCAGGGAACCUGAGCAAGAGCCAGAAGAGAAGCCUGCUAAGAGCAGGACGGCUCAAAAGAAGGCCGCAAAGUCCAAGGGCAAAGCAAAAGAGGUCGAGCCUGAGCCUGCUGCUCAACCCCCCUCUCCCGCCAAGGAAGCCACCCCUGAAGCUCAGGAGACCACAGACAAGCCGGAGCCUAACCCCGCGUCGGUCUUUAAUGAGAUCAAGAACGCUCUUUGGACUUCUAGCGUGAACAAACUGCAACUUUUCAAUCCUAUUGCCAGUGGUUCAUCGCGCACUGAUUACAGCUCCGCCCAUAGCAACGCUAAUAAGGCUGAGCAUUGUAAGGACUGCUCCUGUAAAUGUGGCGAAAUUCAGGAUGAUGAUCUUGCGGCAUUGCGGGCGGGCAAACCUGUCCGCAAACAAUUCCACCUCGAUGGUAGUCGCAUGCUCAUUACUCCCAAUGGUGACUGCAUCCGCGGCCUUAAUGCGGAAGAAGAAGAUGCUUUUCUUGAGCUGCAAGCUGCCAUUGCAAACACAGCAGAGAACCCUGGAGCGUUCAUUGCCCCCAGACAUCAGCCUGGAAGUGGAGCGUUCUCUUUGAUUAAGGGCAGAGCCGUCCCCAAUGGACGUCCCAACAUCUUCCCCACAACUUCUCAACUCCAAUCUCAAGACCCUAUCGGAAAACUUCAGAGAGAGGAUGCACUGAGCUAUAUCAAUCAAUAUGUGCUUCCCCGCUUGAACCUGGGAGCUACUAACAUGGGAUUCCCUAAGGGUGCAUCGCCAACUAAAGAUGCGGCUGCUGCAAGUCUUAACUCCCUCGCCCCCUACUUCUAUGGCCCCGAUGCCGCUGCUGGAGUGGGCAUCUACAGCCCCCCUGAUGGAGCGCGAGCCAUGCAGGAUUUCAGCUCAGCUGGUAUGUCGGGCGAGGAGCGUGGAAAGAACUUUGGAAUGGGCGUUGGCGGCAUGCCCUUGAUGAGCGUGGAGGAUGCUGAGGGUGCGCUGGGCACUGCUCGACGAGAGACAGAGAAGUUGGAGAAGGGAUUGAACCAAGUCAUCCGCCGCAACCGACGAAUUGUUUUUGGAGGUAGCAACUAA